AUGGCAGGCAGAGUGUCUUCCCGGUAUCUCGUAUUAGAACUACAACCAGCUGAUGGUCAAUCCUCUAUUGCGAAUGUUAUAAAGACGAGCUUGGAAAAGGAAGUGAGAGCAGCGAUUCAUACAAAUUUCGGCGACUACGGUGCGGCUAUGAUUGGUCAAGUGACGAAGGUGGCUGAGGUCGUCGAUAUCACACCGAGGAGAGUUAUUGCUGUCAUUAAGACCCCAGCGUUCCAUACGGAGGACUGUGUUGGGAGCUUGGACACAUCCUUAAGAAGUGUGAAGGUUGGGAGUGGAAGAGAGAUGCCUAUCAAAUUCAGAGUAGUGGCCAUAGUGGGAUCGGCACCGAAUGUUCGGAAACGUAUAUUAUACUACAUGGUUGAGGGGCUUGGGGUGGCCGAUGAGAAGAAGUUAAAGACGAUCUCAGAACGAUUGGAUACAUUAACGUGA